AUCAUGAUCUCCAGUUCAGACCUCGAAAACAUCCAUUAUUUUAUUUGCAUCGAGUCUAAAUCAUGAGUUCGAGCGACAGACCCGUGAAGAAUGCCUCUGGGCGAUACGAUAAUGUCGAUUUCCGCAAAGCGGCUGGGUACAAAUACCCGCCGCUGAAGUGCAGCUAUAACCGCCGAGAUGUGCUCCUCUUUGCCAAUGCAAUUGGGGCGAAGGCGGAGGAGCGCCACUUGCUUUACGAGCUUCACCCAAAGUUCGCUACGUUCCCGACGUUUCCUAUCAAUCUGGCUUUCAAGCAGACGGACCAGGAUGUCUUUGACUUCAUCUCGCGCAUGAUUUCGGGAGAAGUUCCUGGCACGCCGCCGUUCGACGCACAGAAGUCCGUGGACGGUGAGCGAGGAAUUGAGAUUCUAAAGACGAUUCCCACCAGCUCGGAAGGAUUGGACCUUGAGAUCCAGAACAAAGUCAUUGGUGUUUACGACAAAGGUGGCGCCAUGAUUCUCGAAGCUGAGCAGGAGCUUGUGGAUGUCAAGACAGGAACCGUCUACGCCAAGAUGAACUCAAUGGCUUUCGGUAUCGGCCAAGGCGGCUAUGACGGCCCUCGCGGUCCAUCCAAGCCUUCGCCCAAGCCUCCCGCCCGGGCUCCUGAUGCCGUCCACAAUUUCCAGACCACUCCAGAGAUUGCUCUGCUAUACAGACUCUGCGGCGACUACAAUCCCAUGCAUGCAGACCCAGAUUUCGGAGCGCGUGCCGGCUUCAAGGGAUGUAUCCUCCACGGUCUCGGCACCUGGAACAUUGCAGCUCACGGUGUCCUAAAGGAGCUCGGAGAUUCUGACCCUAGUCGCUUCAAGAGGUUUGGCGCUCGAUUCAAGAGUGUUGUGUAUCCUGGCGACGAACUUGAGACCAGGAUGUGGGUGGUUGGGUCCAAAGGUGGUGUUGACGAUAUUAUGUUUGAGACGAUUGUUAAAGGCGACGGGCGAGUGGCCUUGUCCAACGGCUACGCCCAAAUUGCGCAGAGCGGCAGCAAGUUGUAAAUAAUCAGUGUAUAAUAAUUUAUUCACCCA